AUGCGUUCCAGAAGCAGUUACCCUGAAGAUCCAACCCGGACGAUGCUGAGGACAUCCACGGCUAAGACACCAUGCCCUGCGGCUGGAAAACUGGGACGGAGUCAACGGGGGAAGGUCUAUGCUGCUGAAACCAACACCAUUCUCAGAAGUCCCAGGACUGAAAACCCACGGAGGGACUCCUCCCCGCAAAGAGACAAUCUCUCCCGAGAUGAUCUGCUAUUUCUUCUCAGCAUCCUGGAAGGGGAAUUACAGGCUCGAGAUGAAGUCAUAGGGGUUUUAAAGGCUGAAAAAAUGGACUUGGCUUUGUUGGAAGCUCAAUACGGCUUUGUCACUCCCAAAAAGGUGCUAGAAGCUCUACAGCGAGAUGCUAUUCAAGCAAAGGCAGCUCAGUGGCAGGAGGAUAUCUAUGAGAAACCGAUGAAUGAGCUGGACAGAGUUGCUGAGAAACAGAAAGAAUCCUACAGACGGAUGCUGGAACAGCUUCUGAUGGUGGAGAAAGCUCACAGGCAAUCGGUACGAGAGCUGGAGGAAGAAAAGCGGAAACACAAAGAGUACACGGAGAGGAGUGAUGAAUUUAUCAGUUUACUGGAACAAGAAUGUGAAAGUUUCACCCGCAAAGAGAAGUUACGUGACAGAACUGGAAAAGUUGGCCUGAUGAAAUGAUGCAAUUAGAGAAAAUGCUAAAAGCAUAAGAAGAAAUGAAAGCAAGUCUUUUAAACAUUCUGGUGGAU